AUCUUUCGCCUAAAACAAUAUUUUCUAUCUGGCACGUUGAUGACGACCUCCGUGGGGUCCUUCGCUUCGGAUUUAAUGCGUCGCUGAGCGUUAAUCGAGCACCGAGUAGUCGAUCGGGACCUUGAGAACGUUAGAGUUUUCCUACGCAGCGCCAUCAUGGUGUUACAGAGGCUCGUGCACGCGUUAAUAAACCACGCGCAGAUCGUGGACAAGUUGGCGGAGUCACGUGUCAUCCGGCGCGCGGCGCAGCUCACCGCGUUCGCCAUGACGCGCGCGCACAUCGCCGGUAAAGACGCGGCGUGUCGGUUACGCGCAGGCGCACUGAGUCAGAAAAGCAUCAAACUCCGGGACGCCUUCAUCAGGGAGGUGAAAGACGGCAUGAGAGACGCGUCACGACACGUCAGAGACAAGAAGUGAUCGGUGUCGGGGUCUAAAACUAAAGCUGCAGGAACUGUGUGUGUGUGUGUGUGUGUGUGUGAUCUUACAGUACAGUGUGUGUGUGUGUGUGUGUGUGUGUGGUCUUACAGUACUGUGUGUGUGUGAUCUUACAGUACAGUGUGUGUGUGUGUGUGUGUAUGUGAUCUUACAGUACAGUGUGUGUGUGUGUGUGUGUGUGUGUGUGAUCUUACAGUACAGUGUGUGUGUGUGUGUGUGUGUGUGUGUGUGUGUGUGUGUGUGUGUGUCUUUCAUCUUUCUUCUGGGACUUAAAAGCUCCUUCAAAUAAAUAAAUAAAUAUAAAAAAUUCAGCCCUGAAA